AUGCCGUCUGGAGCUAUGCUCCUGAUAGGGUCACUCAUGGCAUUAAAUUGGGUGGAGUGGCAGACGUUCUACCACAGAUACACCCGGGCAGCAAUCCCAGUGGGGAGUGAUGGGACCAAACGUGAUUUCCAGCAUCCGCAAUAUAGAUAUGUUGUCCCAAAACUUGCUGAUGGAGGAGAUCAUCCCGCUGACUUGCAGGAGCUUGUAAAAAAUGAAGGCAAGAUUGAAAAAAGCAUUGUAUCCAAUGUCACUUACUCUAAAGAAAAAUAUGAUGACCCAAUGGUCUUUAAUGAUCCUUACUGGCCUCUACAAUGGGAAUUGUAUAACCAAGGACAAUAUGGGAAACCCGAACGAUUUGACCUCAACAUUAUGCCUGUCUGGAAAAGAAAUAUUACUGGGAGAGGAAUUGUGGUUUCUAUUGUUGAUGAUGGUGAGUCACUUCUUUUAGUGUGAAGAAUUUAAAAAUGAGCGAAGCUC